UUCCUUUAGUCUUUUACUCUUUUACUCUCUCUUCUCUGAUGAUGGCUUCAUCUGCUCUGAAACCCAUUUUUUGUUUCAUUGCUGUUUUUUGCUUCCUUGUCCAUAACGUAGAAGCUAGAGAUGGUAAGCUCUUCUUUAGCAAGUUCACUCACCUAGACCGUCCUAACAACAAAGAGGUGGCUCUAUCUCCAGCUCCUGCUCCUGGACUUUCCCAAGAUAAUGGAAGACUCGGAGACGGGCAUUUCGGGGCAGGUUCCGGUAUGAUUCCUCAAACCAAAGAGUCAUGGCCGGUCUCAUCUACUACUACUACUACUACAGAUGAAGAUUUUGAAAAAUUGAUGGCCACAUUUGACGAAGAAAAGAACAACAAGUUACCAGAGGCAUUUGAGGAAGAAGAAGAAGAAUCCCAAGAUCCGGCAGAUCUCAAUGAGCAAAAGGAUAAGUCUAGCAACAACAACAAUGGAUAUACUUACACUACUAACAACAACUAUGAUCAUAACAGAAGAGGUUACGGUAAUGAACAAGAAAGGCAAGGGAUGAGUGAUACAAGGUUUAUGGAGAACGGUAAGUACUUCUACGACAGAAGGGGUAGCAAUUCUGAAAACACUCCUAGUCGCGGGUACGACAAUGCGAGAGGAAACGAUCAUCCCAACGAGUUUGACACUAUGGAGGAAUACUACAAGAGCUUGGAUGGUAGUCAAGAGGAGUAUGAGCCUUAGAAAAAACUGGUAUUUUGAGAAAACAAAACACCUUGUGGAGUAAAUUGAGAAUUCUCCAUCUACAUGUCUUUUAUGAAAAGUGACAACUAAAAACACUUUAAAGUUAUAUAGAUCAAAGUUGUGAGUUAUGUUUAUUUUCACAUUUAAUGUUUAUCUUAAGCUCAAUUUUACGACC